AUCCACUUGUUCGCGGGGCAGAUCUCGACACCAAUCGCUACGUCGCCUUUGCGCCCGCUCGGUUCUUCAUUUAAGCGGCUGGUUGAUGGCUUCGUGACAUGGUCGAUGCACUUUGGGGAAAUUCUUACCAUUUCAAGGCAUCUCGCCGGAACGCCAAUGGCACGGGGUUUGCGCCUCGAGAGGUCGUCCUCAUCUUCGGCACAUCAAGACCAAGCCAGUUCCAGAGAGCUUCUACCGUAG